ACAUUCCUACCAUGUUAGAAUAUGAGCACUUUGAUCUCACAUAUUAAGUCAUGUAAAACUCUAGUGGAUGCGAAGAAACUACAUUGCUCUCUUGCGGACUCGCCCCCAAGCGUCUUUGUUUCUAACCUCCUCAUCCAAAUGUAUGGAAGGUGCGGCGGCAUCGAUCACGCUCGGCGCGUGUUUGAUGCCAUUGACGCCAAGGACAUCUUCUCGUGGAACUUGAUGCUCUCGGCAUAUGCCGGAAACGGGUAUAUUCGCGAGGCCAAGCUGGUGUUCGAUUCCAUGCCAGACCGUGAUCUUGUCUCCUGGACUAGCAUUCUCACCGCGUUUCUCAAGUUUUCAAGAAUGGAUGAUGCGAAAAUGGUGUUUGAUGCUAUGCCCGAACAGGGAAUCAUUUCACUGACCACUAUGCUUGCGGCAUAUACCCGAAUAGGGGAUCUUGACGGGGCAUUAAGAAUAUAUUUCCAGAUGCCUUUCACGGACUCUUUCUCUAGCACAGCAAUCAUCGCAGUUCUUGGGAGAUAUGGAAACGUGAAGGAAGCAAGAGAUAUAUUUUAUCUCAUGCUUCACAGGGACAUCGCGACCUGGAACGCAAUGCUAUCUGCAUAUGCCGAUAACGGGCAUUUGGACGAAUCCGUGAGAAUCCUUACCGCUAUGCCGCUGCAAGAUCUCGUAUCCUGGAACUCGAUGCUCUCGGCGCUAGCGCGGAACGACCGCCUCAAAUCGGCAAUCGCGCUCUUUGACGCCAUGCCCGAGAGAAAUCUCGUGACGGGCAACGUCAUGCUCGGAGCGCUGGGCGAGGCCGGGUGGAUCGAUCACGCGCUCGCCCUCUUCCGUGGAAUGGAUGCGCGAAACCUGAUUACCUACAACACGCUACUCAAUGCGUACGCACGCCGCGGGAGUGCCGAGAGAGCGCGCGAGCUCUUUGAGCGGAUGCCCGAGCGGGAUCUUGGCACGUGGACGGCAGUGAUCGCCGCCAGUGGGCAUGUGGACGAGGCCAGGCGGGUGUUCGAAUCCGCCCCCCAGCGCGAUCUCAUCUUGUGGAACUCGCUCCUCUCGGCAAUCGCGCAGGAAGAGCGUCUGGAUGACGCGCAGAGGCUCUUUGAUUCCAUGGAGGAGAGGGACAUUGUGUCAUGGAACGCGAUGCUCUCGGCGAUUGCGCAAAAUGGGGGCUACGAUCGCGCCAGGGAGUUCUUCGAGGACACGAUGCCCUGUCACAACGUGAUCUCGUUUAAUGCAAUGCUCACGGCGGCGCGGGGGAUCGAAGAAACGAAAUCUCUCUUUGAUCGAAUGAAAGCCCACAAUCUUUUCUCCUGGAAUGCGCUCCUAGCGGCAAGUGCCCAAGAAGGGAACUUUCAAGAGGCGAAGGGAUUGUUCUAUAUAAUGCCCAGCAAAGAUCUCGCGUCGUGGACCACCGUGCUCUCGGCAAUGAUCCAGGCAUCGCAAAUCGCCCAAGCCCAAGACCUCUUUGAGAAGAUUCCCGGACCGCGCGAUCGCGUCGCGUGGACAAUGAUGCUCGCAGCAUAUGCCGGGACUGGGCAUCUUGACAAGGCCGUGGAACUCUUCCACGCAAUGCCUGACGUGGACGUUGUCGCAUGGACAGCCAUGCUGACUGGGUUUUCCCAAAACAGCGACCUGGCAAGCGCGGUCGCGUUGUUCCACUCAAUGCCAGGAAGAGAAAUGGUGGCGUGGAAUGCCAUGCUGUGCGCAUAUGCCCGGAAUGGGCACCUGGCGUCCGCCACGCGGACGUUCCACGCGAUGCCAGCUCGGAACGUGGUCUCGUGGAACGCCAUGCUGGCGGCACAUUCUUCCAGCGUGGAGCUUCUUGAGCCCUAUUUCAUGGGAAUGGUGAUGGAGAGCGCCGGGGCGGACGAGACGACGUUCGCAUGCGUGCUGGCGGCGCACGCCCACGGCGGAAAUCUCCAAUCGGCUGUGCGAUGCUUGCGCGCGAUGAGCGUGGAUCACGGCUGGAGGCCCAAGAAGCAGCAGUAUGGAUGCGUGAUCGGAGUGCUCGGCCGCGCCGGGUACCUGGCGGAUGCCAGGGAUUUGAUGGAGAGCAUGCCUUUGGAGCCGGAUCUCCACGACUGGGUGGGAUUGCUGGGUGCGUGCCGGAUCCAUGGCAACAAGGAGCUCGCCGCUAGCAUCGCACAGAAUGCCGUGCGCUUGGGACCAGGGUGGACCUCGCGUUUUACGUGCUCGUGUACAACUAGGCGAGAGCUCGUACCCGAAUUGUCCAUCCAGUGUUUCUUGAAUGCGCUUCUUGCGCGCUGGUUGUCUUCGUUCUUAGUUCGCUUGUGGCUUUGUCUGCGAGCUCACCUCUCACGCAGCCGCAGACCUGCGGAAGCGAUCCUCGAACUUUGGAGCUGACACAAUCGAGAAAAGUCGACAACACGGGCAUAGCGGUCUCUGCUAGAAAACAGGGUGGUACCUCAUAUCCGUAAAACUGUACGUAAGGUUUCCCUCGUUGUUUCUGGAUUGGUUCUGUUUCUUUGCUUUUCUUUUUUCUUGCUAGCUAGCAUCAUUUUCUCGGAGCUCUCGCUUUCUACGAUGCGCAAAACUUGUAAUGGUUUGUGUUUUGCUGGGUCAAUUGCCUGGUAACCGUUUUUAUUUCUCAGAAUUGCAAACGUGGCUCGUAAGAGCUAGUGUUUCAAGCGUUGGAAAAUCUGCAAACAGGUUUCUUA